CGAGAGAGUCCGAGGGUCCUCUCCUUGAACCUUUCCUUGGAGAAUUGUUAUGGGCCGACUCGCAGGAGAUGACCCGAUUUAUUUCAGCCCAUUCUCCAAUUCCCGUCGCACACUACCACGACCACGCUGGAGUUCCCUUUCCGUUCUCAGUUCUCACGGCGGCCACCGGUCCAUUCCCUCCCGGCUCCCGCUGCUCCGCUCCACGAAAAUGGCGCCUCCCCUCGAAGACCUCACCCGUGUACUCGCCGAGCUCGCCGCGCGCCUCUCCCAGCCACCCGCCGGCGGCGGUUCCUCCUCCUCCGGAGACUCCCUCUCGGCCUCCAUCUCCUCCCUCGCCGCCGCCCUCAACCCCAGUCCCGACGGCGGAAACAGCGCUUCAUCCGGAACCAGGGUUCUGGACGCCGCGCUCUCCCUCAUGUGCUUCGACCCGCUGGAGGUGAAUAGCGCCCGCGUCGACUGCCUUGUCCGCACCCUCGUCUCCGUGCUAUCGGCGUCAGUCUCGUGCCGUGUGGUCCGGCCUGAUGGGGACGCUGGUGAGGAGAUGCUCUGUGUCGGGAGUUCCCUGUCGCCCGUGGAUUGCCAGGAGCUACUCCAAUCGUGUGCAACCCUUGUGGAGAAAUUGAGGGACUGUGAUGAUGGAAGGCACUCUUAUGAUCUGUUGUAUGCUGUUGCGAAAACGGUCGUGCUAUCUCCUCACUACCAGUGUCUUUUCCCUUUACCAUAUUAUAAGGAAGAGGGAGAAAGAGUAUCUCAUAUGGGAACCAUUGCUGCGGAGUUAAUAAAACAUCCUUCCAAUCUCGUCCUUCCUAGUGACCACUCAAUCCCACCAAGGUUGCUUUUAUGGCAUCUUGAUCCAUCAAUUAUCAGGCAUGAUCUCUCAGCAAUUCUCCAGGAGGUAAUUAGAAGGCCCUUGCUUUGCCUGAGAAAGGAAUUGUAUAAUAGGAUGGAAUGGCGUAUCAUCAUAAUUUGCCUGGUUUGCUCCCCAACAAUAUUUAUGGAGAUGAGAUCACUUUUACACUUCUGGUUUCUAGCAACGGGUUUGGGUUCUGUGCUAGAACUUCACAAUGCAUUGGUAUCAUCGGCAUUAGACAUUCUUCUCAAGCCUAUGUCAUGGGGAAUAUGCAUAGAAUUAGGGCAGAGAUUCCCCUUUUCACAUGCUUACUUCCCAAACCAACAAAGUGACUUGCUUGCGAUACUAACGGGACCCUUAUCUUGUAAAGGUUUUUUGGACCUAGUUUCUUAUAUCAGUGCCUUGGUUCAUUUGGACAACUCAAGAACUAGAUGCUCUUCGCAGAAAAACUUACAACUACAACCAUCGAAGGGAUUGGUAAAUUACAAUUCUGCUUGGUGCAUGAUUAUCAAUUUCCCUGUUUGGUUCAGUUUUGCAACUGCUUUACUUUUCUACAGAGAAGGCUCACAAGAUUAUUUAUCAGAAACAUUAUCCAAAGAAAUAACUGUUGAAUCAAUAAGUGAUGUCAGUCUUGUUCAGAGGGCAGCCUUUUACCUUUCUUGGGUGCUAUGCCCUUCUAAUGAUGAUCAAUGCGAGGUGCUAUCAAACAAUAUUUUGGAAAUAUCACGUUCUUGGGCUAGGAACAACAAAAGGUGCCUAGGGUACCAAAGUACUGUGAAUCAUAGGAGGAAACUGCGAAUACCCACAGCUGCGAGUUCAGAGAAAUUCCAUGUGCCAAUAAACACUGUAAGCUCCCUGGUUAAAGAAUUUGAUGAUCACUGUGUAAAAUGUUGCAGGACAACUGCCUUUCCUCAAGUGCAAGUUGGAAAACUAUUGGACCUCCAUCCCUCGUACUUUAACCUGUUGCAUCAGUGGAUUCCUUUAGGAGUAUUGCUCGCAUCACCUAGUUAUAUUAACGAGCAGAACUGUGACAUCCUUCUGCGCUACACAAGCACAGGGCAGGUUCUGGGGUCAAAUGAAGCACAAAUACAAACAAAAGAUCAUGCCAGUAAUGAUGGUUUCUUAGGCAGCUGCAUUGGUACUGCUAAGAGAUGGCCUUUGAUUGGACCAUAUCUCAUAUUUGGCUGGCUUGACGUAGUUGAGGAUAUGUCCUCAUUGAUAUUUGAUUGCGAAGAUAAAUGUCAUCGUUUUGUCAGCCAACUCAGAAACAAGACAGGCCCAUACAUGCUCAAGUGUGUAAAGUCAUUAUUUAAGGUGUUGGAACAGGCAAAUCAAGAUAAGGAUCUUGUGAUUGAUCUUCAUAAUAGGUUAUUAAACUGGAAUAAGAAUGGGCAAGGCUGUGAGAUAUUUGGGGAUGUUAUCCUUGAAAUGAACAAGAGGUUUAAUCUUCCUGUGUAGCAGUGACCAGGGAUUUUAUGCAGCUCUUGAAUAUUUGAAUGUCUAAAUUGAUUGCCAGCCUCCAUUCUGCUGGUAAUGGUAAUGUGGUUGAAGAAAGCACAGCACAAUAGUCUGAACUCUGAACUGUUGAGCUGGGCCAGAUCCAUUGCAGAUAACGAUCAUUUCCCUCCAGAACGCUAGUGACAUCUAACAUCACAUGGAGAGGACAGGAGCCAAAACAUCUUGAAGGAAUCUUGAUGUAUUGGAUUCAAACAUAACAACCGAGACAAGUUGAGUUGAUUUACUAGUUUUAAUUUUGCCUUGCCAGACUGGAGAAUUGUUCUGGGGAGGGUUCUAGGUUUGCAUGGCUGACUCCUAUUUCAGACACCCAAACCAGAUAAUAGUAAUGCUGGUGAUGGUGCUUUGGUUAUACUUUUUUUAUUCACUUCAAGGUCGACCCAAUUCCCAUGAAGAGGAAAUUAAAGGAAACAUCAAGAACACUGGAACAGCUUGUCAUACGAAAGCAGCAUGUAAUGUACUACAUAACGUGUUCAGGCGCAAUGUUCAUGAUUCCGGUAUGGGUUCUGGGAAAGAAUAGUCUACUCUGAACACUGCCCUUUCCCUCUGCUAGUUGAGACACCGGAGCACAAUGCACAAAUGGUCUGCAGACUGCAGGUAACGUGUUAUUUCCCUUUCGAGUUAAUGCAGGCGAAUAAAUUGUGUUUCCUUAGGACAUCAGCAUUAAUUUCAGCUGCUAGAUUUGAUAUAUACCUGUACUCCUGUAGGCUGUUGCAGGCUUGCAGCUAGUCAGUUUACGGCUUUGAUGUAUGUACAGUUUAUCGUUGGCUGUUGUGUUUAGACUCUGUGUAUGAAUCCAUCGUCAAAACACGAAGUUGAAAUUGCUGACUAAACUUUGUUAGUAAAUAUAGUCAGUUAUUAUUGAAUUGAGAAAUUCA